AUUGUCAACGUCAAACAUUUGUCAUAUUGUCAUGUAAAAUGUAAUCUAAAUUCUAAUAUAUCUUACUCAUUACAAAACUCAAGAUGUAUUUAAAGCCGCUUUCGAAAACGUUGCUCUCCGUCUCGCCGCGCCACGAUAGCUUUGAACUGGAGAGCCUGGUUCUUAACUGUGCGAUAAGCUUAUCAUGACCGAAUUGAAAUCGACCACAUCGGAAGAAAACACGUUAGCUUCAAAAGGAUACAAACUACUUAAAUAUUUAGGUGAAGGCGCUUACGCUAAGGUUUAUUUAACAGAAUAUUUAAAAGAAAAUAACAAAGUCUCGCUCGCUUGUAAAGUUAUAGAAACUGCGAAAGCCCCCAAAGAUUUCGUCGUAAAGUUUCUACCGCGGGAAAUAGAUGUUCUAAUUCGAUUGAACCAUCCUCAUUUGAUUCAUGUACAUAGCAUUUUUCAAAGGAAAACGAAGUAUUACAUUUUUAUGAGAUAUUCAGAAAAUGGAGAUCUUCUUGGUUAUAUUUUAAAAAACGGAUGCGUUUCUGAAAAUCAGUCGCGAGUUUGGUUGCGUCAGCUCGCUUUGGGGUUGCAGUAUUUGCACGAAUUAGAGAUCACUCACAGAGAUAUCAAAUCUGAGAAUGUGCUAUUGACGGCUAAUUUUAAUGUGAAGCUAUCGGAUUUCGGCUUCUCGAGGUUUUGUAUCGACGAGGAUGAUCAGCCGAUUUUGAGCGAGACGUAUUGUGGGUCUAUGUCAUACGCCGCUCCGGAGAUAUUGCGCGGCAAACCGUAUCUACCGAAGCCAACCGAUCUCUGGUCGUUGGGAGUGGUGCUCUUUGUUAUGCUUAACAAGUCUAUGCCCUUCGAUGAUACUCGCAUGAAAAAGUUAUAUGAGCAACAGAUGGGAAAGAAAUAUAGAUUCAGAUCGCGCGUUGCUGGUAUUUUGUCUUUAGAGUGCAAAUCUAUUGUGAAACAUUUACUCGAACCCGAUCCUGGUCUUCGCUACAACUCGACUCAAAUUUUAAAAUCUGAAUGGAUUGCUAUGGACAGUAGACUGAUCACACUUAACGCAGUUGAGGAAGCAGCUUUAAAUAGAGCAAAAGAAGGACGUAAAAGAUUAUCUGAGAUACACAAAAAUCCAACAAAAAAACAGGGUGAUAUUUGGGAGGACACUCAAAGAACUUCUUCGUAUAGAGCUAGUGAAAUGAUAAAAUCUUUAGCUAGCAUAACAGCAAAACAAAAGAGAGAAUAAAUGGAGGAUAAGUCUAAGGUUAUAGACAAUGACUUACGUUUAUCUGGCUCCGAGCAAUUGACGUUGGCCAGUCGCGGGUACAAAAUUAUAAAGAAAAUCAAUGAAGGAUCA